CGACGAGCGGGUUUGGGGGAAUUCAAACAGACAUCAGAGAGUGACGCCUACGCAGUCUAUCAACUCCCCCCAUCAGGCCAUUCCCCAUGGACGUGUCGCAGGAAACCGUGGACAAAGUCCAGCGCUUCGCGGAGAAGCGCCAACGCGCCGAGGAGUUCUACGAAAACCAACAAAUUAGCCCAGCGACUCUACAGGCGUACAACCGAAAAUUGGAUGACACGCUACGGGAACUGCAAGACCAAGUCAGGCGCCAAGAAGAUGACCUGCGCAAGCUGCGCGAGGUCAAUUCCUUCGAUCUCUCCAAAAUGGGCACGGAUACUUGGUCGCGGGUGGCCCAAGUACGCAGAGCCAAGAGAGCUUACGACUCGCUUCUGAAAUCCGAGGCCGAGUUUCCGGCCUCGGGAUCCCCGCUACCUUCUCUACUAGCCCUUGAGGAGACGUCGCAUCUAGUCAAGGACACUAAAGUCUCCGUCUCGAUGACGGCGGAGAAACUCUCGGCCACUCGCCAACGUCUCAAGGCAGAGGAGGCGAAUCUCCGCGAUGCCCAGUCGAUCCGAGAUGGUCUGCAAAGGCGCAUACAGACCACCGGCAGCGAGAAAGCGACCAAGGAGAAAAAGACCGCUUCUCAGCUAGCUCGAGAACUCGCGGAGCAGCAACAAGAGAAGCAGGAUGAGCUUGACCGAGCCACAGAGGAGAUGAAGAUGACGCUCUACACCUUUGUCGACGAAUCCCUUGCGUCCAUGCUGGCUGCGGAAGCCCUUGGGGGCCCCACGGUGGGUGACGCCGCAGAGGUCUCUGAUGAAACCUUGAAACUAGGCUAUACAAACCAUGGUAAACCCAAAAAGCCCAAGAAUCCGGAAGCAGCAAAUCCAGAAGCAGAGAAUCUAGAUCCCAUCCAGCGCCGAAUCGACGAGAUUCUUCCCCGCCAAAGGAACGACCAGCCAUCAAAUCGCAGAGAGGCUGCAGCUCUGGAGAUGCGCAAUCUGCUAGAUGCUUUGCUGGAGGCAGGCUCCUCCUAUAUCGAGGUACCCCGAGAAUCCGCUGCGUCAAGGUUCUUAGUCAGGGCCAAAGUUGCUCAGUUCCACCCCCGUGAUGCAAGAAGGCUAAGGUUGAUUGAUUUCGGGCGUUCAUUAGACGAUUGAAUGACGACAGCAUGAUUCGUCAUAUAAUACAUAACAUUCAGGGUAUAAUCAGGUGAAGAAAGCAGGCUGUAUAUAUUUUCACGAAAAG